AUGGAGCCGAGUCACAGUCCAGACGCCCGAGAACGCGCGGUCUCUUCUGAGCCUUGUUCGAUACGCCCAAACCCAUUCAAUGAGAGUGAGCUGUCAGCCAGGAAGCGCCGACGGACCUCGCUGUCGGCCACAAGCACCAAAUCAGGCAGCCUUCCCAAGCAGGUACAAGCCACGGAUAGCGACCAGAUUGCCGCCAUUGGCAGGUCGGCAGCGAAGGUCGACUCAUCAGAAGCUGCGAUGCCUAGCACCCCGCCGGAGUCACCGAGUCCUCGUCCUGAGCCAGUCUCCAGCAGGGUUACAAUCAAUCUUAGAAAUGGCUCGGUGCGUGAUGGGCGCGCAAGCUCUCCUCCAUCUCCUUCGCCAAUCAGGGUCCAAAUGGGCGGGUCUGAUGGUGCAAGUACCCUCGAUCUUGCGGUGCAAGAAGUAGCUUCAGUGAUGACUUCAGUAGAUGGAAGUCCACAAGACCCGGUCAUCAUACCCGACGAUGAUGUUGAGGAGAUGGCGGGCACGGAAGCUUUGACAGGACUUUCCCCGAGAGAUCGCAGAACUCGACUCAGCGCUGCACUGUCGGAAUUCCCUUACUUCUCUCCUCCUGACGAUACAUGCUUUGAUACCUUUCAGCGCUUGCACCAAUAUUUGUAUCAAGGUGUACAAGACCCUGAUGAGGUCCUUCAGUCCUUGGUUUCCUGGCUGAACAAUGUCUUGCUUUGGACCAGCGCGGAGACCGCCGACGUCUUCGCUUCGGCCUGUCAGCAAAACCAAGCUUUUUGGCUCAACCUGCCGGAGCUGUUCCCCUUGAUUUGGAGGAACACAACUGAAAGCAAACAUACCUUCAGCCUCGUCCUUGACUUGAUGCAUUCUUAUGCCAGACUUACAGCAUUCACGCUCACGGUAGACUACUAUACGCUCAACCUGUCCAAUGGCGCUGCGGACACCGACGCAUCUGAAUUAUACGCGCCAAACUUUCUUCACCGAUUGGCCCUGGUAGCGCAUAAAGACGAGCAAUUGGGCAAUGACGGGCGUGAGCCAGACACGUCUGCGAUCCUCACGGAUUUUCUGCAUCAAACAGGUGGAAACUCUGGAUUGUCUGGCGUCGUGCAGCUUUCCGAGGUGCUCGCCGUCACACUGCCCAAAAAUCCUAAGAGGACAAUGGAACAUCUCGCAAAGAUAAGCGCUUUGGUGGAGGCAUUGGUUCGCAAUCUCUCACAGAGCCAACAGAUGCAGGGUGGCAACGCAUGCGAGCCAACGCAGACUCUGCAGGGCCACAUGACAGCAGCUUUCCGCUUCUUGACUAUUGCCUGGGAUAUGAUGACGAAGGCUUCCGAGAAAUUCGCCAGCCAUUUGUCAGGUGACAGCCCAUCGACGCUACUCUCAUGGCUGUCGGAAAUACACAAGACGAUAUUGGCAAGCGCGAUUCCUGAAGUCGAAGAGACUUUGCGAACUUACUGUGCAAACAACCCGGAAGUCCCGCAUCGGUUCCUACCAGAUGCCAUCGCUCUGGAGCGCAAAUUCAAAGCUUUGGAGACCCUGGUUCGUUCGCAACAAAUGCAGCUUCGAAUGUCCGCUGUCAGCGUGAUGUGUAACGAUCUCAUCGGACAGUGGAAACGUUAUCAGGACAAGUUAUCAGCCGGGGUUGAUGACGAAGCCCAUCUCACCUUUUUGCGAUGCUUCGCCGGCUUCUUGGUGCGGCACGGCACCAUUGACUACUUCCUGAGUCCCUCAUGCCAUCCCGAGAUCACAGCCGAGAGUGCGAAUAUCAUCGGAUUCCUCAUGGUGACGAAGACUUACGCCCAGAAUCAGACAGACUUGCUGUGGCGCACAAUCAACACAAGCCGCGAUCCCCGCAUUGCUGAUGCUCUCGUCCGCAUGUUACUGAAAAUAGCACAGCUUUUCGAACUCGAUACCGUCAGCAGCUUAUUCCAGAAGAUGAAGUCUCUAGAAAUUGAUGCUUUCAACGCAGGGAUGCGUGAACUGUUUACCGCGCUGGUUCAGCAGGUCUACAGAAACUCCCAGGAUGUGCUGCUGGCCGAGCCUCGACAUAUCUGCCUGCGACUCAUUCAAGAAGCGUCCAUAUUUGCGGAACGAUCCACAUUGUCAAAUCCCGAAAUCUUCACGUGGGCCUAUGGCAAAAUGAAGGACAUCAUAUUGCAAGCCUGCCCAGCUCCAGGCCGCCAGGAACUUCUUUCAAGCUGCCAAAAGGACAUCGUGGCCAAAUCAACAACGACUCACGGGAGCCUUCAGGUUCUUUUUCUGCUGACCACGACAGGCACCUCGUUGCAGACCUUGAUUGCAGAGCAUGACUUCGUAGCGCUUAUCGUCGACGAACUUGAGUGCUCAAUCUCCAAUGCCCGCAAGGUGGGCUUCUCACCGGUAUAUGCAUCGGCUUUCGGACCAGCACGACGCAAAUUCAUUUCCAGCCUGAUCACACUCCAUGGGUCUUCUAUUCCAAGAGACCUGGGUGCCAAGCUUUGGGACCUCAUGGUUGGACCGGGAGCGCUGUGUCCCGAUGAUGUCAAAGCAGGCUGGGACGACCUGAACAAUGCCCUCAGACGCACACGACUGCAGAACAAAUUUCUGUUGGCUUGCUUAGAGGAAUACUUACCCAGCCUAUCACCCGAGUACUUCUGUGGUGGCACUCUUGAAUUUGUGCGAGAGCUUCUUUCAAUGGAAACAAACAAUCCGAACACCACAAUAUUUGACGAUCAACCCAUCACAAGUGUGAACAGCCUCGAGCUGUUGUGGAAGAUUAUCCUUCAGGCUACUCCCCAGACCAUAGAGGACGAGGCGAUUCACACCUUGGUGAGCGAAGUCUAUGUCAACAGUGCCGCGAUGAAAAGCCUUCCCCCGGACCGCGCACGUGAGGUACACUUCUCGCUAGCACGUCGCUGUCUGCGUCAGCUCGAAACUGCUGCAAAAGCUUUACGGCAAAAUGAUGAGGUUGCCGUUGUCAAGGGGCAGAAUCCUUUGGCGACAGUGAAAAAGCACGAGCUGCGUUUCACCAGAUCCCUCAAAGUCAUCAAGGAUCUUUUGAGGUCGCUCAGUACGCAAACGCGAUUUUCAGCUCCGGACCUUCGUUCUCUCAUGCUUCAAGCACCGAGUGCUGUGGACGGGGACCUCGCAGACCUCAAGUACCAAGCAUUCGACGGCGAGGAACAAACUACGAUAAUGCCUCUCGAGAUCGGAUUGCAUAAUACCGGUGCCUCUUUACUUGCAAAUCUGAAGGAAGCCACAGGCUUUGACAACUAUAGGCUUUACUAUCGUGGACAACUUCUAGCUCCGUCUAGCGACGACAUCUGCAAAUCUUUACGAGAACUCGAUAUUGUGAAUGGCUUAAUUCUGGUACGGAGGCAAUCGGACACGUCAGAGAAACCAUCUCGCAUUCGGCCAGGAGCAUCCGCGCUUGAAAUCGAAGUGCUUCGGUAUUUCAAGGAGCUAUGGGAAUAUCUGAGCAUGGAUGAGACCCUCGCUUCCGAGAUAUACCACUUUCUCAUCAAGCUUCCAGCUGAUGAAUCGAUACUGGUCAUUCUCGAGGAUCCGGAGACAACCCAUCGAGAUGUAUUUCCGAUUGGUCAACCUUUCAAGUCGCUGUAUGCCGUCCAUGCGCUGCGAGAACACGUCCAGACAAAUCGCCUCCGUAACAGCGUAGUCCAAUCGUCAAGCCAUGACGCCAGCCAUCUUGUCCAGUCCGCGUCUGAUCAUAAGCAGGCCUUAAUCAAGGUCUUCAACCUGCUCGCGGCUGCCCUUUGCGACGACGACUUCAUCCGGCAAAAUCUCAGUGAGGAUCUGACUAUCCUUCUGCGCUCUCAUCUGGUAGAUAGCUACGUGCAGAUCUUGAAAGGCAAGUCUGACGGGAUAGACAUAUCGCCAGCGCAUUCGCUCGUUUCUUCCGACUUGGCCAAUGUUCUUGUGCAGAUCCUGCACGAGGCGACUAAUGCUACACAGAACCAAGCUAGCUCAAAGCUCACGGAACAAGCUUUCGACGCCAUUCUUGCAUCGUCGGAAAAAAGCACAGACUUCUGGGACACAUUUUGCGGACUCCCUAAAGUAGGCAGCAUCCUUCAAAAGCUGGUUCUAGACGACGAUAGGAAAGCUGUACGACAUGGCAUCUCGAGUCUGAUCGCGAGCAGAAGCCUUGGCGCUAGAAAUGCGAUUGAAGGAGCCGACUUUGCAGCCUUUUUCUGGUCCAUUGUUUUUGAGAUGCUUCCAGCUGCAUCUGCAGAGCCGCAAAAGUGUGACGAAGUCUUCAACCUAGCGAGUCAACUUCUCACAAAACUCGCGGAGACAGAGUCCCCGGCUCUCGACCUUUCUGCUUGCCUCAAAAGAUGUGGAGCUCUGCUCCUCGCUCAUACUUGUACCGAAGAUAUCACUCUGCCCAACGUACACGACUCACUAGCGCAUGGCCUCGCGACAGUCUUGUCCCUUGCACUCAAGCAUGCUCGUGCUACAGGUUUGGUGCCACCGCUAGGCCAUGAUUUCAGCCGCAGGCUACUCCAUCAUCAUCUCUUCCCUUCGGUGUCAUUCAUGGAAGAUUCUCAGCCAAUCAUCCCACAGGCGGUAGUCAACCCUAACACACGUGCUACACUUUACGACAUUCUUUUCGACUUGAGCAGAGAUUCAACACCAGCAAGCCUUUUGAACGAUCUUGACGGCCUGACGCCUUUCGAAGAGGGUCAUGAGUCUCCAUACUUUUACGAAUUACCCCACGCCUUCGAUCGACACAGAGCUGUCAGAGCUCCUUGUGGCUAUGCCGGCUUGCGAAACUUGUCGAACACGUGUUAUCUAAACUCGUUGGUCACACAACUGUUCAUGAACGAAGAGUUCCGCCAUUUCAUCUUGUCAGCACGCGUGUCAGAUCCGCAACGUCAACGACUGAUUUGCGAGACUCGACAACUAUUUGCCGCGCUUCAAGGUAGCAGGCGCCGUUUUGUGGACCCUCAAUCUUGCGUGGGCCAGAUCUCGACAUAUGAUGAGACUCCAAUCGACAUUCACAAUCAGAUGGACGUCGACGAAUUUUACAAUCUCCUGUUCGACAGGUGGGAAGCUCAAUUGCCGUUUGAGGCGGACAAGAAGCAUCUGAGGUCCAUAUUCGGAGGCCAGCUUGUGCAGCAAGUGAAGUCCAAAGAAUGCGAUCAUAUCUCUGAGAGAUUUGAGGACUUCUCCGCCAUACAGUGCGACAUUAAAGGCAAAGCAACACUAGAGGAAAGUUUGCAGGCGUAUGUCGACGGGGAGAUGAUGCAAGGCGACAACAAGUACAAAUGCAGUUCCUGCGACAAGUUCGUGGAUGCAGUCAAGCGGGCAUGCUUCAAAACUUUGCCGAACAACCUCAUCUUCCAUUUGAAGAGGUUUGAUUUUAACUUGCGAACGAUGACCCGCGCAAAGAUCAAUGACCACUUUCGGUUCCCCGCACGCAUCGACAUGACACCCUUCACUGUUCGCCACCUCGCAAAUAUGCCUGAUGCUUCUGAGCCUGACCAUUUCGAACUCGUUGGCGUUCUGGUUCAUUCUGGGAGUGCCGAGUCGGGGCACUAUUACUCAUUCAUCCGCGAGAGAUCCAAUGCUGGAUCUGCACAGAAGUGGGUAGAGUUCAAUGAUGACCUGGUCACGGAUUGGGAUCCUUCCAUGAUGGAAGAUGCCUGUUUCGGCGGCCAGGAUCAACGUCAGCCCUUUGACGGAGGGCCACACGAGAAGGUCUACAGUGCCUAUAUGCUCUUUUACCAGCGCGCAUCAACAAUCAAUGCUGGAGCCUCACCUCUCGUCAGAGAGAAGGAGACAACACCAUCUCAGAUUCCGCUGCCUCCAGACCUGAUCCCAACAAUCCGAGCAGAAAAUAGUCAGAUCGUCCACAGACACUGUCUGCAUGAUCCCAGCCAUAUCCCUUUUGUCAUUCGCGUACUCAACAAGGUUUGGAAUGGUAUUUGCUCAUCUCCAAACCACACCCUGGAAAACUUGGCUAUGCAGGUUGGCAUCAGCCACCUCGACCAAGUCGCGUCACGAGCGAAGGACUUGUCGGAUUUUCACGAUCUCAUGGGGCUUCUGCAGCGGAGCUGUCAAAGGUGCCCACAGUGCUGCUUUGCGUUCUUCGAGUACAUGAUGAGACGCUCAGAGGCACUAGUCAUGCUUCUGCAGAAGAAUCCCAGCCCAACAGUUCGGCACGAAAUCAGCAGGACGCUGCUGAUCACUCUACGAAGUCUGAAAAAGAAUUUCCCAGAACCUUAUGGCUCAGAGCUUCUGGAGGGCGAAGAGAUUGACGGGCCAAACAACAUCAUUACUCAGGCCGUGGAAAUGUUUUCCCGCCUCUGGGAACAAUUCCACGUCUCCUUGCGGUCAUGGCCUGAGUUAUUUGGCACCAUGUUUGAGUUUGCACGACUCGGAAAGCUGGAAGCCGCAGCUCUUAUCCAAGGCAACUUCUUACAUCAGUCAUUGUCCAUCAUUACCGUUGAUGCAGCUUCUGAUCUGAACGCGCAGUAUGCUCGGCUGGCCACGACGCUGUCGCGUAGAAUGGCUACGAGAUCGCCAAGCUAUGAGAACAUCAUUUCGCUGAUUGAUGUUCUUUUGGCUGCCAUGGAUGAAGAGAUCGAGGAGGAUCGCAUCGUUGAGGCUGACGAGAACCGCCUCGUCAUUGCCUACGAAGAAGAAAAGAUACCAUUCUCGAGCAUGGAAAUUAACCUUCUCCAUCAGCAGUGGGAUCGCACGCGGGGUAACGUCUUUGUCGACAAAUUGAUCCAGAUCGGCCAGAACUUACCUGCCACGAACUCCAUUAUCCGAAGACUCAUGAAUCUUAGCACGAUCAUGGACGACUGUAUCUUCAUGACCUUGAAAACCGCAAUCACUGGGCAGUUCGUCCACUACAGUGUCGCUCCCUACCUGAGGGCGGCGCGCGUGUACUGUCGCUUCAGCCAGAACGACGAGAAUAUCGAACGGCUCCGGACACACAUCAAUGGGCAUUGUGGCAAUGUGCAGAACGCCGAAGCCCGCAGCUUCUUUGAGUUCCAGCGCUACGUGUAUACAAGUGCCGAAGACUUUGAUGAGCAGGUGAGGACUAUGGCGAGCUUCCAUAAGUGGGCGCCAGGCCUUCUCGGCCACAUCGACCAUACCGUUAGCCGAGACGUGUGCCACUUUAUCCAAGACACACUUCUUAGAUAUGGUCCAGCGCCAGACUUCAGCGAGGACCACGACGGGUUGGCGAAAGCCAAAGCCGUGGUCGCCGGGGCGAGGCGACUCUGUUUAAUGUGCCUGAUUUAUCUGCGCGACAACCAUGUGGAGCGUGGUGUGCCAGCAGCUAGAGACACGGUUUAUCCACUGCUCCAGGUCAUCAGCGACUGCGAGUCAUACUUUUCUCCAGAGGACGAGGCGAAGGACGUCGCCGACGUGCAGUAUCACCAACUGUGUCGAGCUGUUCUUGGGCCCAUGACUACACUAACGGUUGAUGAGAUUGAGGAUGAAGGCUCUGACUGGGAGAAUUCAGUAGGUUCAUCAGAGCAUCUGAACGACCUGGACGAGCUCAGCAUGCAAGUUUCCAACGGCGCUCAGGAAGGAAGCUGA